CACAGAACACCCUGGAGCAGUGCAGCGUCUGUGCCAAGCCGAUCAUGGAACGGAUCCUGCGUGCCACCGACAGGGCCUACCACCCCCACUGCUUCACCUGCGUGAUGUGUCACCGUAGCCUGGAUGGCAUCCCUUUCACCGUGGAUUCCGGAGGCCACAUCCACUGUAUCGAGGAUUACCACAGGAAAUUUGCCCCUCGGUGUUCUGUCUGCAAAGGGCCCAUCAUGCCCGCGGAGGGCAAGGAAGAGACCGUCCGUAUCGUGGCUUUAGACCGGGACUUCCAUGUGCAGUGCUACCGAUGUGAGGACUGCGGCGGUCUCUUGUCCGAAGGGGACAACCAGGGCUGCUACCCUCUGGAUGGGCACAUCCUUUGCAAGACGUGCAACUCGGCCCGGAUCCAGGCCCUCACGGCAAAGGCGAGCACUGACCUCUGAGUGCCCCCCCCCCCCGGGAGAAUGGCACAACCUUUGCCUCUCGCGCUGCUGGAAGGCCUUUUUCUCGAGGGUCUAAUCCCAAGCAGCGACCCCCAACUUCACUGUGCCACCCCCAACUACACUACAGACUUCAGCCAUUCCAGGAUUCUUUGUGGGAUGCCGCAAGCGGUAUAAAACAGAUAGAAGUUUGUAGUGUAGGUAGACCCGUUACCUCAAGGGGUCCCGGGUGCUAAUUCAGCCUUUGCCAUUUCCUCUACUUCCAGUUUAACCCUUUUUUUCCUGCCACAUAACAUUUUAAUCCAUUAAUAUUCCAGUUACUGAUACUUAGGAUUUCCCCCCUUCUUCACAUGAACCGUCAAGUACUGAGCUUGUUUGCACACACUAAAAUUUUUAUAUCUAUAGUUAGACCUUAUAUAAAAAUGUAUCAUGAUAUUUUGCUAUGCCUUAAAGACAUUUAUAGGAGCGUUGGAAGGAUGGAAACAAUUGCAAACACUCUCUCUGUGUUGGGAAAAGUCCUGUUGGGGCCAUCCUAAGCCACGUUCAAAAUCCUAUUGGUUGCACACCCACUGGCCAACGUAGUGGGGCCAUGAUCCAAGAGGUUCCUCACACAAAGCAAGCUGUCUUAUCCAUCUGAACAAACCUUCAUACAGGAGACAUGUCAAACACUACAGCCAAAACAAACAUUCAUACUAAUUCAUAACUUGGCAUCUCAGAUCUGAAAUUUCACAGUAUUCUGUAUCAGUUUUACAAUUGGGUUGGGGGGGGGGGUGUUGUCGAAGGCUUU